UGAAUACAGUGACUGUCGAUUCUAAGACACUUUAGCAAGCAGCUGGUCCAGGAAAGUGAGGUAUCUUACUGAUAAUAAUGUCUGCAACUAAAAUGCAAUAUAGCACAAGAACAAUGUAUCUUAUUUAAACAGACUGAUUUCUAAAUCCACUUAUUGAUGUUUAUAUAUUGUUUAAAGCCACAUUAUUGGGAGUAUUUUUGCUGUUGAGCUCUGGUAUACACUCAGGGACACCAAAAUUAUGGAGCUCCUAGAAAAGAGGGACAUUUGGAUAGAAAAGAGGGACAGAGUGAUGUGGGUCCAAAAUAGGGACUGUUCCUCCUAAAUAGGGACACAUGGGCAGUGUGUUAAUAUACAUUGUAAAGAACUGUGUCUAAAAAGACUUUAAUCAUUGUGACAGAAGCGCUCAUGUCAUGGCCUUCUGGAGUGGCCAAAGACCCACAGACUAUGGACCUGGUCCCAGGAGUCCCUGAAAGUGUGAACAUUUGCAUAAUUCUGGUAUGAAAACUAGGGCAACCACAUACAUGAUUAAAUGUAUAUAUUAUUGUUUUUUUGUAUUGUGUUUGGAAAUGUUGUUAUAUGUAGUUUAUGUAUUAAUUUUAACUGCUCAUUUGUAUGUUAAAUGUUUGUCACCAAAUGUUUAAGAACUAGUCCCCAAAGGCUUCCCUUUUGGAACUUGUGUCCUGUGUGGAUUUUUAGGGGAUCCCAGUAACAGAGUCUUCGGACCUGUUGGCUGGCUACACGAUCCCACUAGCUCUGGGAUAAAUCAAGAGAGCUAGGCCAGUGAGGCAGAGGUGGAUACCUGCCUGGAAGAAGGGCUGCUGUGGAAUAGGCAGAGGGAACGAUCCCUGCCUGGAGAAGGGUUGCAUCAUACUAUGCAUAGAAGGAAAGCUGCAGUGGAAUAGUUAGAGGGGACGAUCCUUGCCUGGAAGGAAAGUUGCAGAGGAAUAGGGUAGUUCUCAAGUCCACAUAUUAGGUUGCCAUAUGCUAUAACUUAUAUGAGAUUGUGUCCACCUAGUGUGAGUCUGUGGGAGUAUUAGACUGGCCAGACAUAUCAGACUUUGCCAACCAUUUCUUUGCACUACGGUCUGGAGCUCAGAGAGAAAGUCACCUGAGGCUUUAAGAGGUAUUGCCCCUGGGAGAUGAAUCCACAUGUCUGUGUGAGGUGUCCACGGGUAUGUGUAGCUGAUCACUGGAGACAUGGGAUUGUAUGCGUGUAUCUGUCCCAGUCAGCCAACUCCCUCUGCUGGGAAACACAUGGAGUCUGUCGGUGGGUCUUGGCGUGCCGCUGCUAUACAGGUUCGGAUGUAGGUGUCCCUCCAGCCGCAGCCUGGUGUGAAGGUCCGCAUCUCUUUGCCACUAACUCGGUUCUUAGAGGCUGAGUUCCCUCCACUUGUGUGAGCGCUGGGGGGCCUGAUGGUCUGUUGCCGCUUGGAUGCCUCCACAGGCGCUGCGUCCGAGGGUGACACCUUCCUACCCCGCUGCAUGCGGCCUUGCUCACUCCUGUCUUUCAGGUAUUGUAGCUUGGUCUCCGUUUUCUGUUCCUGCUCCCAGAGUUUCUCCCAGAAGCGGAGAAAAAUUUCCUCCAAGCGCUGCAGGGUGUCUGUGGUUUCCCCGCGUAUGGGGCCUUGACUGUGGCACAGGUUGUGGUCAGCAGCCACCAUCUUGAGUUACAUAAGCUGUAAGUAACCUCAAGUUUUGAGGCUGAAGACCCGGUCUAAGCGGUUUGCUCCAGACGCUUUAGAGUAGACCGGGAUAUCCGCCCCAGUCCAAAGGUGUGUGUGUCUGUGUGGUCCUUUGAGCGGGGAGAGCGGCCGUCUCACCCCGGCUCGGAGCUCGGUAGGCCUCAGGAGGGUAUCUCUGGUCCCGGGCGGUGAUAAAGGUAAGUCAGGUAUCGAUGAGUUCACCCGGGUGUCCCCUUCUUGCUGAUAGCCCUCCAGGAGGCAGAUGUGCCAGGUUUGGGGGGUUAUUUUCCCCUAAAGCAUCUAUUUUCCCAGGAGCUCUGUCCAGGAACAUCUGCUCAGCCUGGAAGCUAGGCUCCGCCCCCUUGUUUUUGUAUUUUAUUGUACCAUAAUGUAUCAAUGCACUGUUUUGUGGACCCAGGACAUACUUGAAAACAAGAGAAAUCUCAAUGUAUCUUUCCUGGUAAAAUAUUUUAUAAAUAAAUAAAAUAGUUGUAAGACACAUUUAUUCAUAUUCCUGUGGAGCUCCAUUAUACACCCAGACACACCUAGAGAGCAGCAACAUUUGGAUUGAGGCAUUUGGGCCCAAUAUAGGGACUGUCCUUCCUAAAUUGGGACACUUGAGAGCGUUGCUGACAUGCAAGCAAUUGUGGAUCAGACUCUUAAAGAGUUGGAGAGGAAAAUAAUGUGCAAGGUGCCCUCUCUGGCCAUCUGCAGUACUACAAAAUAGUUAUGGUUCUAUUCAGUAAACUGAGAAUUCACAAUCAACUUAUUGCAACAAAGAUAGAUAUUUAUUUCUACCUUAGCAAUUUUUGCUCUAAAUUUUUCUAUUUGAUUUUUAACUCCUUGUAUAGGUAAUAUACUCCUUUGUCAAACAUUUUCAGAGAUGAACAUUAUAUUAUUUUUCUUUGUGGAAAAAGUUAUAGAUUUUAUUUGUAAAAUUAACAAUAACAUUUAAUGCAACAUUAUAUGAAAAAUAUGGCACAUGGUAUAACAUUGUUAUGCACAUUCUAUAGAAUCAUUCAAUUUCUGCUUCAUUCUCCUAAAUCUCUGGCAAAAUUCUGCCAACAAAGUGUGUAAAAGUUAAAUAAGUCCAAACUGUGGACCAUAAAUUCGAGCGUUCCGGUUCCCAUUCCAUCACCUUUCAAUGUAGUUUUUCAGCAGUUAGAAAAGUCAACGUGAGCUGAAAGGUCAUUUUUAAAAAUGUUUUUGCACUCUUUUAUUUGCCACCAGUCAGUUAUGUAAAUUUACUCACAGCUUGUGCUGUUUGCCAAAAUGCAGACCUGAGUUUUGCUAUGAGCAUGCACUCAAGUCAGACAAGAUGCUCUUACUCCCAACUCAGUAUGGCUUCUGAAUUGUUUCACCAUGUUGGUGAAGAUCUCCAGCCCCUCCACCAAUCCAUCCCCUGUUGCAGCACAGCAUCCCUGGAUAUGCCACUGGUGAUCCUGUAUCUUCAUCAGUCCCAGUGCCUCGGCUACGUCCAGUGUUUUCCUGGCACCUGGAAGGUCCUGCUUAUUGGCCAUCACCAAAAGUGGGACCCCUCUCAUAUCAUCAGUUUCAAGAAUGGCUUCAAGUUCACUCUUUGCUUCAGGAAAUCUCUCCGAAUCAGCACUGUCCACCACAAAGAUCAGUCCAUGUCUGUUCUGAGAGUAUUGUCUCCACAGCGGUCGGAUCAAUUCGUGGCCACCGACAUCCCAGACGGUGAAGGACUCAUUACGAAUGGGCUCAAUCGUUUCCAUAUUGAAUCCAAUUGUAGGGAUAGUGCAGACAGCCCUAUUCAGCUUCAUCCUGAACAGAACUGUGGUCUUCCCAGCUGCAUCGAGACCCACCAGGAGGAUAUGAGCCUCGGUUCCACUGAGGUCCAUAAGAGCGUAAUGGAGACUGCUCAGGAUGAUACCCAAGAUUCACAGUGGAUGUUCUUUCCGGAUUCUGUUUCUGCAGAUCUACGUAUUUGUCUGUAGUAGCUUUGUUUGUGUCUUGCAUGCUGCUCUGCUAUAUAUACAUGAGCAGUGGCUUUACAGGCUCAUCUCUCUUGGCUGCACCUUAUGGUUACCUGGCAACCAAUGAACACUCUGUGAAUGGAAUUUGCUCAUUGCUCUGUCACUCUGUGCUCUGUGGGAGGAUUUCUCGAAGAAGUGUUUUCACAUCGACACUGCGGACAGCAGCACAGGAAAUUACCUCAGCAGAGAGAGGGUGACUCUGGGAUCAGAAUACAAUAACUUUAUUGCACUUAAACAAUCUUCACAAAAGUACAUGCCAUCAUAUUAGCUUUUCAUAUUAGUUCUACAAAAACAGAGACUAUUGAUACAUUGAAACAUAGAAUGUGACGGCAGAUAAGAACCAUUCGGCUCAUCUAGUCUGCCCAAUUUUUAAAAAAGAUUCUCAUUAGUCUCUUAUAUCUAUGAUUUUUUGAUGCAAGCAAAUCCAUAGAUCUGUUACCUGGCACCAUGCCUCCUAAGGCAACAGUAUAUGCCUUAUCUCCACAGGAGAGUAGGAUUAUGGAGGAUUACAUCAAAGAUUCUUUACUUAAAGGUCACAUACAUAACUCCUCUUCACCUGCUGGUGCAGGGUUCUUUUUUGUGUCUAAAAAAGUUGGAGAGUUACGCCCAGGUAUUGAUUAUAGGGCAUCGAACAAGAUAACCAUCAAAAAUGCUUAUCCCAUUCCCCUUAUCUCAGUACUAUUUGACAGACUCCAAGGCGCUAAGAUAUUUAUCAAUCUCAACCUUAGGAGUACUUAAAUGUUGGUAAGGAUUAAAAAGGGUCAUGAAUGGAGAACUGCAUUUAAGACAAGAAGUGGUCACUAUGAGCAUCUUGUCAUGUUCUUGUCACGCUUUAACUUUCUCAUCACUUACAGGCCUGGUCCUAAGAACAUUAAGGCAGACACCAUAUAUAGGCAAUUUGACCUAGAGGUGAAACAAGAACAAGAAACUUCUCCCAUCAUACCAACGGAAUGUAUCAUUGCCUCUACGGUGCUUUCAUUGUCUUCUCCUCUUCUCUGUGCUAUAAUGGCAGCUCAGACUCCGGCACCUAGUGAUAAACCUCAAGAUAGAUUGUUUGUUUAUUCCGUUACUAAAAAGAGAGGAGGUACUAAGAGUGUUUCAUGAUAAUGUGACAGCUGGUCAUCCAGGUAUAAUAAAACUGUUUCCGCUGUCUCUAGGUCAUUUUGGUGGCCAUCUCUUAGAAAGGACAUCAGGGAGUAUGUGGAGGCAUGUACUAUUUGUGCGGUUUCUAAGGUUCCCCAUAAACUACCUUGUGGGCUAUUACAACCCAGUAUUCCAUGUCUCAUUUGUUUAUGUACUUUAUUGUGGAACUACCUAUUUCUAAUGGCUACUUUGUUCCCCUCAAAAAGAUACUUCUUCCCUAGAGCUGGCUCAUAUAUGGCGCGGCUGAGAGAGCCAACCAAUCAUUGGAACAAUAUUUGAGAUAUUUUAUUUAUGGCACCCAGGAAAACUGGUCUGGUUUACUACCAUGGGCCGAAUUCGCCAGAAAUAAUACAACCCAUGACUCAUCUGGACAUAGUUCAUUUUUUGUUAACAACGGUCGUCAUCCUACUGUCCUCCCUGCAGUGUUCUCUGACACUGCUAUUCCCACUAUGGAUGACUUGUAUACGUGAGGUCCACAUGGCUUUAGAAACUGCUGCUGCUCGUUUUAAAAUGCAUGCUGAUAAGCGGCGUGGUGCCAACCCUGUUUACCAGGUGGGUGAUCAGGUAUGGCUUUACUCACGAAAUAUCAAACUCAAGGUUCCUAGCAUGAAGUUUGCUCCCAGAUUUAUUGGGCCCUUUAGAAUAAUUUGCAGGAUUAAUCCUGUGUCUUAUUCCCUGGCUCUCCCCGCAUCUCUGCGUAUACCUAACACGUUUCAUGUAUCCCUACUGAACCCUCUUAUCUGUAACAGGCUUACCCCCCUUCUGACCCUCCCCCUCCUUUGGUUAUUUCUGGACAGGAGGAGUACGAAGUCUCCUCUAUACUUGACUCCAGGUUUUCUCGCAGAUCUCUGCAGUAUUUGGUUGAUUGGAAGGAUUAUAGGACUGCCGAUCAUUAUUGGAAUUCUGCCUUGGACAUAUAUGCGGGCCGCAAACUCCCUACUUUCCAUGCUAGGUUUCCCCUCAAGCCUGGUCCUGCCCACCCGACAAGUGGUCUUCAAGUGGGGGGUACUGUCACGGCUCCUGGGAAUUUUGCCGGCGUGGUUGCACAUAAAGUAAGCAACCACGCAGACAGAAAAAAAUUAUACUUACCUUGUUCGCGGCUGAUCACUGCCCGACCUCCCUCCAGUCCAGUCCCCAGCGGGUGCGACGCUCUUAGGAGUGCCGAAAGCUGCGGUUCUGAUUUUUGUAAUAAACUUACCUUCGCCCACACCAAAGAUGGCGCCAACGUGCGUGCAACGUCACAUCAUAGGCCCGCACGCACGUUUUGGUGUCAGAGGUCAGGGGCAGCCAAUUACAGGCAAAGGAGGGGUAUUUAAACCCAAAUUAUCUUUCUGUCAGUGCCCUGUCAUGGUUUCCCUUUGAUGGUUAUCCGAGAGUGUGUUCCUGAUCGUGUUUUUCUGGUUUUUGACUUUGGCUUCCUUCUGACUUCCCUUAUUUCUGGUAUCCUUGACUUUUGGCUUUUCCUUGUCGCUAUUCCUCAUGCUGUGUCCCUGACCUUGGCAAGUAUUUUGACUAUUCUCUGGUAUGUUUAGUCCGGCCAUUCUAAGGUCCGGUUAGACAUUAUCCUUAAACCUAGGUGUAAUACAAUUCUGCGUGCUGGAUCAGCAGUAAUCCUGACAAUUUGGUAAAGAUACUCCUUGUUUUGGGUCCAAAUCCAUCUGUCUCUCUUUUAUAGGAGCUCCAUAUUGUUGGUGGGUCUGAGUAUGUGUGUCUCCUUAGCCCAGAAUCAAGGGGGUGGAGAGGCAGUAAGAUGCGGUUGUCUUUACUUUUUUUUCCAAUAUGCAACUGUCUAUCAAAGAGACAGUUGCUUGAUGAAAUUGAUGAUGUCAAUUGAUACAGCAGGAUGACUGUGUAUUAAAAUAGAUGAGGAUAGUGGGAAGCAUCACCGUUCUUUUAGGGGGUGGUGGUGGUUGUGCGCAAUGUAGAAGUCCUAGUGACUUGACAUGCGCAUAGUCGUCCCUUAGGCUGUCAAGAAUGUCCUGGGAUCCUACACGCAGAAUGCAAUUACUAGUAAUGUAAAACCAAGAUUUAUAUGCACUAACGAACAUGUUUUCUUUUUUCCAUACAGUCAUAGGCAACUGUUAUUUUUCCUUACUGAGUACUUAGAAAUCACAGUCUUCAGUUAUCACAAAUUCUGAUAAAUGCUCACUCAUGUGUUAUACUUUUUUUUGUAUUUAACAGAACUUAAAAGUAAACCUUCAGCAUGGGAAGCAUGGUAACCCGAAUACAGGGAUUCUGUGGGAGGAUGGGCCCCAUGAAAGCUAGAAUUGUGAUGGUUGGAUUGGAUGGAGUUGGCAAGACAACAAUUCUCUACCAGAUGAAACUCAACAAGACCAUGUCCACUACCCCAAGUAUUGGGCAUCGCGUAGAGACUUUGGACCCAAUUUCGUUGGUGUCAUUCACUUUGUGGGAUGUUAGUGUGGGGGCUAAGGGAUGGCCAUUGAUUCGACAUUUUCUACCAGACAGUCAUGGCUUAGUGUUUGUAGUGGACAGUACAGAUUCUGAAAGAUUUGGUGAAGUCAAAGAAAAUUUGUUUUGUUUGGUUUUUGAAGACACGGACAAUCUACCUCUAAUUGUCCUCGCCAACAUGCAAGAUAUAGAGGGGGCACAUAGCCCAGCAGACAUUGCUCGUUAUCUGGAGCUUGAGAAAAUAAAGCAUAGAAGGUGGGAGAUAUGUGGGUGCUGUGGUACAGAUGGGAAUGGUCUGCUAGAAGCUUUUGAGAAACUUUCAUCCAUGGUCAAAGAUUGGAAACAAGUGUAGAUUGUUAUUUCUGUGCCGAUUCUGCAUUGCAGGGAAACUUCUCCAAAUCUAAUGACUUUGUACAUUUUCACGAAACUAAUGGUAAACUAUAGAUAACAUAUCUGCUUUUAAAAUACAUUUUUAAGUACAUUGAUAAUUCUGUGGUAUUAUUGUUUGAUGGUGCAUGUGUAGUAGAGUGAAGUCACUAAUAAUUAGAAUUUGACCCAAUC